AAUGUUUUGAGUGUAGCGUUACGUUAUGGCUUGCUCUACGACUGCGGUACGAAACACAGACAUAUUUGCGUUCAACAAUUAUCCUACCUGAUGAUGAAUGACUACGUCAAUAAUAUAGAACCGGAGAACACAAAGUAUUCGUUAUUUCAGUUACAUCCAAGUUCAUGUACUGCUAUGGAAACUGAAGUAGAGAUAACAGCCAUGUGUUCAUUUUCAGACUUACUAUUUAUUGGAACAAGCAACGGUUUAGUAUCUCAAUUGAUUAUUCAAGAGUUGUAUGAUAAUAAAACAUCAUUUUGUUUCAGUAAUGUUCUAUCAAGGAGAAUAUUUACUAAGCCUAUUUCAAGGCUUGAAACUUCUUCCAAAAAAACUACACUUUCUAUUUUCAGCGAUGAAAAUCUUACCUUAUGUAACGCUGAAAAACUUGAGAUCAUGAAUUUUAUUCCAUCUUUCAAAGGCGUUUCAUCAUUCCAUUUGUGCUCUUUCGAUGAUGAAAAAGAGAAGCUGUGCAUAGGAUUUAAAUCGGGUUUAAUUCAACUACAUCAUAUUUUUGUGUCGACAUGUAUGCUUGUUUUUGAGACCAGGUUAACAGAAGUUUCACAGUCUCUUUGCAUCUCACCACAAUUUUUAUGUGUUGCAUCGGACAGUAGUUACAUAUCAAUAAAUUUACGUACAAACAGUACUACAGAGUUAUUGCGUUCAGUAAAAGAACCAGUACGAAAUUACAUAGUCUAUUUUACUCAGAAUGAAUUUAUUGUUUCUGGUCCAGGAUCAUUGGGUAUUAUUGUCGACGCUAAUGGUGUAUCUCAUCGUGCACCACUUCAGUUAUCACCAAAUAUAGUAGGAGUUUUUGUAUGGAAAAAUUAUUUCUUCACUGUUACUGACGAAUUUUUUACUAUUCACAACAUCUUGACACAAUCCCAGAUACAAACAAUAAAUCUUCAAAAGCCAUCUGUAGCUUGUUUUUCUGCUGAUGCUCAUUUGUUAUACUUUACUGGAACAUCUGACUGUAAUACUGACACUACAUCCAUCAGAAAUAUUCAAGUCUUAGGACCAGAACGUUGGGAUUUGAUUGCACGGAGGUUCAUCUUAACUGGUUGUCUUAAACAAGCUUUCCUUGUACAACAACAAGAACGAAAUCGUCUUACUCAAGUCAUGCAGUUGCAAGUUGAGAAAUUCAAGCAUGAACAACAGUUGUUCGAUAAGAUAGAUGACUACUGGUAUCAGAUCAUUGGUGUCUUGAAACUGUUAUUCGUGGAUAAAAUAAUGAGACGUCAACGGGUACUUGGACUUUUAGGAUUUUAUCAUUUUGAAAAGGGUGAACUAGAUAAAGCAGCUUCCUACUUUGAGCAGAGCACUAUAGACAUACGUGAAAUUCUGUUUCGGUAUUCUGAUCUCUUGCCGAAAGGUUGUUAUUUUAUGCCAAAUUGGUUUUACAAACUACAUCAGACCAGUUCCGAAGCUAAUCAUGAUAAUGACGAUAAUGCUCAAACGUCUGGAAUUAAUUUGACUAGUGAUUUGUGCAUUUUAAGAGCUGCAGAAGAUUCAGAUAAUGAUGAUCAUGAUCUAACAAUUAGUUCAUCAUGGUUAUUAAAAUAUGAAGAAUUCCUUUUCAACUUUUUGCGUAAACACCAUAAAAGUAAAUUUGUUGAGAAGCAUUUACAUUUUGUAGAAACUGCUUUAGUUAAACUGUAUGUUCGAUUACAACAGGCUGGUAUUCAACCAUAUCCCUAUGAAUUAAUCAUUGAUACGUCUUCCAGUGAUUUUCAGUCAGGUGAAGGUGGUCUCACUAAGUCAACUAACAAUAAUAAUCAAGGUUUAGUUGAUCUGAUUUCAAGCUUCAUACACAUUGACGUGGAAGAUUUAACUGUCUACUUAGAAAAUAAUAAUGCUUACCAUGCUUUGGCGCUUAUUUAUCGUUGGCAAGGUAACCUUUCAGGUGCAUUGGAAAUAUGGCGAAAACUAGUUUACAAUGAACUAAAUGAUUCAAGUUUUCCAGGAGUAGAAUUUUAUAUUUCUAUACUAUUGGACCUAUCCGCGCAUAAUUCAACUGAAUCUCAGAAACAAUCACUUUAUAAGGGAGCGGCUAUUCAUUCGUCAAAUGAUGUAAAUUAUGAGUUCUCUGUUUAUGCUGAAUUAGUUUGGAAUCAUUUUAUGCAAGCUUUAACAACUAAUCAUGAGAUUAUAGCUGAACAGCUCAUGCUACGUUUUCCUAUUCCCUCAAGUUAUGUUAAUUCAUCAUGUGACUUGUCUAUUAUUGAAGACAGUACAACCGAAACGUCCUUGGAAAGUAGCCUUGCACCAUCCCAAAUUCUAUCACCUAAUCAUAUUAUUCAAAGUCUUAUUUCUUCAUAUCCAAAUAUGACAAUGACUUAUUUGAAACAUUUAUGUUCUUCUCUGCCCAAUUGUCAUCCAGAAAAUCAUAAUCUGUUAGGCAAACUUUAUUUAAAUACCCUAUUAAUGAAAUUAAGGAGUACUGACAAUUUAUCUGAUGAUAAAAUGAGAAAACAAAUUCGUAAAUUGAGGACUGAAUUUUGCCAACUGAUCCGUUAUUCAUUAUUGAUAUCACAUAAAACACUACUGGACCGUUUAUAUAAUGAAAGUGUUGCAGUUCAAAAGAGGCUCGCCUACGAAUUAGCGAUUCUUGAAGGAAAGGCCAAUAAUCAUGUGAAGGCUUUAAAAUAUCUUAUUGAAGAUGUAAAUGAUUAUAAAGCCGCAUUAUACUAUUGUCUUACAUUCAGCCAUCAACAGCCUAUUCAUUGUAGUGCACGUAACAAUGAUACUAAUGUAAAAUGUAAUACAAUAGCAGUAAAUUCACUUGGUACUUAUCACUAUUGGGACCAGUUUGAAUUUAUGGAAGGUGAUUCUAAUAAUCAAUCAAUAUCCUCCUUGUUAUUUACAACAUUUGUUGAAAUCUGUCUUGAUAGACUUCUUAUUAACGAGAACAAUUCUAAUGAUAUGAAGAAAAUGAUUUUGAAUCUUCUAAAUAAUCCUGAUUUAAAAUUUGAUUAUUCAAAGUUAUUAUCUCGUUUGCCAUCAACAUGGAACAUUCUAGAAAUCGAACCAUUCUUACAUAAUGCAUUUCGAUCUACUAUACAAGAAUGGUCAGAACUUCAGUUAGAAUAUGGUUUGACUAAAUAUAAUGCGAAAUUGUCUAUUGCUGAUCUCCCUAACAAAUCACAUUGUCUAUUAAUUAAAGAUGAUACUUUGUGUUCUAUAUGCCAUCAAUCAAUUUGUGUAUAUGGUCCAUCUGAUAGCUUUGCUUGGUUUAUUCCUAAAAACCAAGUUGUUCACACUCAUUGUUUGUCAUCUAAUCAAUAAAUAAAAUCUAUGCUUAUGUAAUUCCUUUUCCUCUAAUUUAUUUUUGUACUUCUGUUGUUUGCCUGAUGUUUUCUUAUUUAUUGAUUUUGUUUUUUCUUCUAUCUUGUUGAUGAUUAAAGUGAUUCAAACGGACAAACUGUUCUGCACUAUAUUUAGUUUACUUUCUUUUUCUUUGUUUAAUGUACAUAUUUGCACGUUUUCUAUGAGCUAUUACGUUUUCUUGUAUUUAUAUAUACAUAAUAUUAACAACUUGUUACUUUAAAAGAAUAUCCACUCUUGUCAUAACUGUUGAACAAUUUAUUGGCCAUCUAAAUUCAGUAGCAUAAUGAAUGAAGCAUUUAAAUUUAGAGCGAUAAUUUUCUAAAUUUUAGUUUACAUGUAAACACUAAGAUUCAAAGACGUUUAGUUAACGAAUCGUAAAUAAUAUAAGAACCUUCACCCUUGACUAUGUUGCGAUGUAUAAUCCGAAGACAUAAUAAAAUUUGCAGAUGAAAGC